AUCUGGUGAACUAUCGAGCUGAGAACCCAAACGAAAUGCGGACAAUUCAGUUCCUCGCAAGUCUCUGGCUAUUGCUGCACUUGGCGGCUUGUGUCUUGGGUGGCGCAGUGCCCGUCCAGCCAGUGGACGACGAUGAUGAGGAGCGAAUGCAUCCCCAUCUGCAGGCGAAUCCACGGAGCGAGAGUCGCAGCAACGCCGAGAAUACACAGGACUAUUGGCUCUCAGCGAGCAAGGAGCACAUUCUGGAGAAGCUAAACUUUGUGCGGAACACGAAGCGCGCAAAGAACAUCAUUCUCUUCCUGGGCGACGGCAUGGGUCUGGCCACUCUGGCGGCGGCCAGGAGCUACUUGGGUGGCGAGGAGAAGAAGCUCUACUUCGAGAAGUUCCCCUUCACUGGCCUCUCCAAGACCUACUGUGUGGACAAAAUUGUGCCCGACUCGGCAUCGACCUCCACAUCCUAUCUGUGCGGCGUGAAGGCCAACUACGGCACGAUUGGAGUCAGUGCGAACGUGAAACGUGGCGACUGUCAGGCCAUGGCCGACAAAUCGAACCACGUCUUCUCCGUGGGCAAAUGGGCAAUGGAUGCGGGCAAAGCCGCCGGCCUGGUGACCACAACCCGUGUGACCCACGCCUCGCCCUCGGGCGUCUAUGCGCACACCGCCGAUCGGGAGUGGGAGAACAAUGCCGUGCUGGAGGAGGCGUGUGGCGAUCUGGCUAAGGAUCUGGACGACAUUGCGGUGCAGCUGAUUCACGGCGAGGUCGGCAGCAAGCUGAAGGUGAUGCUUGGCGGCGGCAGGCGUAACUUUAUGGAUCUCGAGUUUUACAAGAACGGCCGACGCACGGACGGACGCAAUCUGGUCGAAGAAUUCGAGGCCAUGUCCGACCGCAACGUCUAUGUGAAGAAUCGCAAGAAGCUGCUCAACGUGGAUCCCGCGACAACGGAUCGCCUGUUGGGUCUGUUUGCCAAGAGCCAUCUGCACUACCAUGAGGAGCAGCUGGCCGAUCCAGAGAACACGGAGCCCACGCUGGAGGAGAUGACCCAGAAGGCCAUUGAGGUGCUGCAGACCGAGGAGAACGGCUACUUCCUGUUUGUGGAGGGUGGCAAAAUCGAUAUCAGCCAUCACGACACGAUGGCCCGCAUCGCCCUGGACGAGACCGCCGAGCUGUCGAAGGCCGUGAAGCUGGCGCGCAAAAUGACCAGCGAGGAGGACACCCUGAUCGUGGUCACCUCCGAUCACUCGCACACCUUCAGCCUGGGUGGCUACCAGCCGCGCGGCAGCGACAUCUUCGACAAGGCCGAGGCCUCCGGCGCCGACGGCAAGCCCUAUCUGGCCCUGAGCUAUGCCAAUGGCAAGAGCUUCGAGACCUACUACGAUGUGAUGGCGCACCAGCGUGUCGACCCCUUGCUGGCGGACAACGUUGAUGUGGCCCAGCUGUUCCCAGCCACCGCACCACUGGAGUCCGAGACGCACGGCGGCGAGGAUGUUGGCGUCUUUGCCUCAGGCCCUUGGGCCCACAUCUUCACCGGCGUCUACGAGCAGAACGCCAUUCCGCAUAUGCUGGCCUUUGCCGCUUGCGUAGGCGAUGGCCAGACAGCCUGUGAUUGAUUGACAGCUUCAAUUGACCAUUAAUUCUAAUUAAAUGUCGCAGUCCUUGGCGGCGAUAGCAAACGAU